GAAUUUGGAGAUGGGUGGUUGCCUUCCUGAAUGGAAAAUAUUACUUGCUAAUUCUCCAUGUCUCGACACCCUUGUUCUUGAUUUUGAGUUUUCUGGAAGCGAACUUGAAAGUCAUAACAACGGUAGGGAUGAAACAGAGAAAGUACCUGGGUGUUUAAUGUAUAAAGUCAAGAUAAUUAAGUUGUUGUCAUUCCAAGGGAAGCCAUUUGAAUCGCAAGUGGUUGAGUAUCUUUUGAAGAAUGCAAAGGUUUUAGAGAGGUUUACAGUACGACUAAGUGGAAAAAAGAGACUGCGGACAAAGAUCAGCAAAGAAGUACGUGCACUAUCAAGAGUCUCAAAGAAAUGUCAAGUAACUAUUAUAUAAGUUUUUGGUCACCAUGAUUAUCAUUUUUUGUCAAACAACACCUUGCCCAAAACAUAUUUGGACGAUCAAUACCUGCUUUAGCCAAUGUAUUGGCCAUACAACAUUAAAUUUAAUGUAUUCCAGUAUGAUCUUGUUGCUAUAUGUUUGCAUGGUUUACACUUAUAGCUAAUCAAACUUUU